UUCAACGGUUGGGUCGCUUGGCUGGCUGGACAACAAGGACCUGUUUUGGGGAGGGAUUUGUUCAUCUAAACGCUCAUCAUGACGCGAACGGAGGACACUGAAGAUCUGGUCAUGGAUCCGGACCAUCCGAGCAAUCAUCGCCAAGAGAGGCUCCGGAGCUUUGGUCGUGUCGCCGGAGGAGUGCGUCGAUACACGGGUAGCUUCAAGAAGCGAGUCCGGAAAUCCGUGAAUUCCUUCAUCGAUGGAGGAGAGAUUGAUGAGGAGGUUGACCCGUGGGCUCUUACCGAAAUGGAACAGACCAGUGAACCCUGGUCCGAGUUAACGACCUGUGGGAAGAUUCAGCGUGUCGUAGUGGACUGGAUUGGCCGUCCUCUAGGCGUCAUCAUCCUGCUAUAUUUCUUUAUUUGCUCGCUGGAUUUGAUGAGCUCGGCGUUCAGACUUCUUGGAGGUAAGGAGGCCGGUGAAGUGUUCGCUGACAGUACCCUGUUGAAUAACCCCAUCUGCGGCUUGAUGAUCGGCAUUCUAGCCACAGUGUUGGUCCAGAGUUCAAGUACAUCCACGUCCAUCGUAGUCUCCAUCGUGUCGGCUGGAAUCUUACAAGUGAAGCCGGCAAUCUUCAUCGUCAUGGGCGCUAACAUUGGUACCUCUGUCACCAACACCAUCGUGUCCAUGGCACAGUCAGGCAAUCGCAAUGAGUUCAGACGGGCCUUCGGUGGAGCAACCAUUCACGACAUGUUCAACUGGCUGUGCGUCUUCUGCCUACUGCCGGUGGAAGUGGCUACACACUAUCUUUACCACUUCACGAGUCUCAUCGUGAAUAGCUUCAACAUGACUACAAACAAGGGCACUAAAGUUGAACUUCUCAAGGUGCUGACCAAACCAUUUUCCAAGAAGAUUAUUGACAUUGACAGUAAAGUCGUCGCCAAGAUCGCACUUGGUGACAUCGAUCCCAGCGAGGCCAAACUCCUCAAGGUGUGGUGUAAGAAAGAAGAAGUGGCGGUCUUUGUCAACACUACGAUGACGCCACCUACGACAAUGGCCGGCGAGGUGACCAGAGCUGGAUUCCCGCAAGACCCAGAUAUGGUUACUGAAUACAUCGAGGUUGGAGUAGAGAAAUGUAAAUACUUGUUUGCCGAUACCGGUAUAUCAGAGAGGGGUGUAGGGGCCAUCCUCCUCAUCCUUACAUUGAUCCUUCUCUGUACCUGCCUCAUCCUUAUGGUGAAACUUCUUAACUCCAUCCUCAAGGGUCGCAUGGCCGGCAUCAUCAAGAGGGUCAUCAACGCAGACUUCCCCCGUCCAUGGCAUUGGGUCUCCGGCUACCUCGCCAUCAUUGUUGGUGCUGGGGUGACGUUCAUAGUGCAGAGCAGCUCUGUCUUCACGUCAGCGUUGACGCCUUUAGUUGGUCUUGGUGUCAUAACCUUAGAGAGAGUCUACCCCUUGACCCUGGGCUCCAACAUCGGCACCACAGCCACUAGCCUCUUGGCUGCUAUGGCAAGCUCAGGCGACAAACUCAAGAACAGUAUCCAAAUCGCCCUGUGUCAUCUCUUCUUCAACAUCUCCGGGAUCUUGAUUUGGUAUCCAGUCCCGUUCAUGAGAAGGAUACCGGUCAAUCUCGCCAAGAGCCUGGGGAACACCACAGCCAAGUACCGGUGGUUUGCCAUCUUCUACUUGUUCAUCAUGUUCUUCUUUAUACCCCUGUUGAUCUUCGGACUGUCUAUGAUCAGCAUGUGGCUCUUGCUAAUUGUGGGUGUCCCAUUUAUCCUCUUGUCAACAUUUGUUGUUGUCGUAAACAUCCUGCAAGCUAAAAAACCUCACCUCCUCCCCAAGAAACUCCGCAAUUGGGACUUCCUCCCACUCUUCAUGCACUCCCUAGCACCAUUAGACUCCGUCAUCACUAAAGUAAUGCACGCCUUUGGAAGAUGCUGCCCGUGUAUUAAGAAAGACAACACUGGGGAGGAAGAUGGUAAAGAUUUGCCGCUCCACAAUGGAAAUACAGCCCAAAAUCUGGCAGUUCACUAUGAUGCUGUCAACAAGCGCACAAGCACAUUGCCGUUAAAUUCAGCCACUCUUAAUAGUGCAGAGCCAGACUCAGAAGCACCACGCACCCACUCGGUUUAAUAAUGGCACACUUGCUGUCCACCAUUUUGUUUUAUAACAGCUUUGACAAUGAGAUGCAAUGUGCAAGUCAAGUGCAGGUAAUAACAUUAUUUUACUUCUACUAUCUUGUUAUCGAGAACUUUCGCGUCGCUUCGUAGCAACUUACAUCGUCCUUGUCACAACAAUAUGCAUAAAUAAUUUGUCAGAAAGGAGGUGUUGUUUCAGAACUGCGAAUUAUUUGUCUUGUCGUUAUUUUUACCAAUGGUCUUCAGCUGUUAUAAGUUGUGUGACAAAUUGAACUAAAAACAAUAAAUAAACAUUUUGAUAAAAUUUGUAUUCUCUUCGAUCGGGCAAGCAAGAUUGUAGUCCUGUUAUGAACCAAUGCUCCAAUGAUGUUAAACAGCGCCCUCAGUUGUCAAGUCAUGGUCUAUAAAAUAGCUAAGUAUGAACUUGUACUAGUCGCUCCAUCAUUCACACCCGUUCAUCAUCCAACACAAUGUACCGUAAACUUUGCAUUUAUUAUUAUUAGGCAUAAUGUAUCUGCUGCUGAAAAUUUCCAGGAGCUCCUGCUCGACUGUGGGGGUGUGUGUGGGGGUGUGUGUUUUUGCAUAAUUUUUUUUACUCACUCUUAAAAAAGAUAAUCACUUUUUAAUGUUAUUGUAAAGGCUGUUACCAAAAAUAAUAAUAAUCUUUCCUUUUUUUCUGGGAAUCUCUAAUUCGACAUUCUUUUUAUUCAUCCAAGUUUAUUUGGGGUAAAAAAAUCGGUCGAAUGCCUAGAGAGUUGUCAAAGUUAACGGUUGGGGAGAACUCAUCUCCAACAAAUAAUUUGCAAAGUAACACUGCAUGCCAGUAUUCAAAAAAUAAGUCAAAAAUCACACGGACAGAAAUGAACAAAAUUCUUAGACAAAAAAAGGAAUAUGAUACCUGGUUAGGCCGCCGGCCGCAGUCGUCCACCUCUGUGUAUAAAGAGGAGGCAAAGGUCACUGUUGUGCCGCUCGUGGGGUGUACAAUUUGUUGGCAGUGAUUUUGGGGCUUUUGUAAACAAGUGUGUGGCUAGCUGUAAACAAGGGUUACUAACGCCUUAUCAAUAUUAUCAUCAUGUAUACAUAAUAUAAAUACUUACAAGUCUAAUGCCAUCAAUGAUUAAAAAAUUCGAAAAUUAUUACUUCCUAAAAAAGUAAAAUGCAUCCGGUCACAGACUGAAACACCAAAGUCAGAUUAACUGUCUUUUGUAUGAAACACGAUUUCACAGAGGGUGUGAAAUUCUCAAAUAUUUUCGAAGAUAAGAAUUUGUUAGGAGUACUUGUCCUAUCUUCCUCCAUGAUUUUACUCACCAAUACUUUAUCAAAAGUUGCAACCGUAAUUAUAGCCGAUAUGAUCUAUGAACGGAUCACCGAACUAAUUUUGUGCAAAACAAAAUUUCGCAGGACGUGAGCUCCCGUUUGUAUCUUGGAGGUAGAAACUCUAUUUCUACCUCCGUUGGUGGUUGGAACAUGGUUGGGAACAAGAGGACGGUAAAUUUUAUUUCAAAACCUUCCUUGAUUAUUUGAUUUUGAAUGUAAAAAUGCUAUUACGCACCUGAGAAAAGUACA